AUGAAUGCGCCUCCCCCCGCAAAUUGGACCACCAAGAAAACCGGUUAUUAUGUUAGCGGUUCCUCUCAUCUUCUUAUCUUCUUCGUCUGGUGCGAUCGAGGAGUGGGUCAGAUCAAGAACACUCUCUCCGAGCACACAGAACACGCGCCUGAUGCGCCUGGGCCCGCAUUCAUGACGUCCGAUAUCUAUGAAUCGGACGACGCCUGGAAGCACUCGCCGCCGCUGGUGGCCAUUAAGCCCAAUUAUGGAGUGGAGGAGAAACGGCCUCCGUUUGUCCCGCCAGGGUCUCCCAAUGCUACCGAGAACGAUGCCGCCAAGGGAACGCCCGGCCGUUCCCAGCCUAGUCGGCCGGACAUCGCCUACUACGAGAGGGAGCACCCGCUCGGGCAGGACUGGUCACCGGCGCCUCGGGAUUUCAAUCCAGCCGACGACAGAAAAGCAAAACCUGAACUGGAGACAACGGCCAAAGCAGCCGUAGACCAGCUGCGAGACAACAAGGACUCCUUGCUGGACGUGCUGGCCGGGUCCACAGCCUUCCCCCCACCAAAUCCGCUUUCAGUGACGCUCCCUCCACCAGCGCCGUCGGUCAGGUCGCCAAGCCGUCCUCGCUUGCCCUCCAUCUCGGCCGCCAUCUCAGCUCCAAGUACAAGACGGCCGUCUGAAGACCUACUCGCAUUAUCUCCGCCAUACACCGAUUCUUCCGUCAGACACUCCCCGGAAGACAGAGUCUCUCUCCCAGCCCUCCAAUCGCUUCAUUCUCCACCUCAAUCAAACCCUGCAACUUCUCCGAACGGCAACAACCGAGUGCUUCCAUCAAUACGCACCCUAGGCGUAAACCCACCGGAAUUCCCACCAAGGGUCAAUGGGAUACCUCCAUAUCCGUACCCGGGCCCAAGCUCGGCUGGCUCACGAAACGACCCAGCGCAAGAACGGUUCCCCCCGCCACAGCAUAUUCCACCCAGUCCCUUUUCACAUUUUUCACCCACGAGUACCAAGGAUAUAUCAAACAAUCCUUCUCCGGCUUCAAUGCCUACGUUUUGGCGGACCUACCCCUCCCAGACGGAGCUCCACCCGAGUGGAGCCUCUCCGUACGAUCCGUCCCCCAUAACGGCGAAAAGCCCGGCUGCUGGUUAUCCUACCCCCACAGAGCAGCCUGGUGCCGGGCCAGGAGACCGUACAUCUUUCGACUCGACACUAUCUCCCAAUGGGAACGCGCCCCCAGGUAACUACAAGUGCCACCAUCCGGGAUGCACCGCCCCGCCGUUCCAAACCCAAUACCUAUUAAACUCCCACGCCAAUGUGCACUCCCAGGACCGGCCACAUUUCUGUCCGGUAGAGAACUGUCCGCGAGCGAUAGGCGGCAAAGGAUUCAAGCGUAAGAACGAGAUGAUGCGGCACGGCCUUGUACACAACUCGCCGGGUUAUGUUUGUCCAUUCUGUCUCGACCAGCAGCACAAGUAUCCGCGGCCGGAUAAUCUCCAACGGUAUGUGAUUCAACUUCCUCGAGUCAUUCGCUUCAUGCUCAUAUUGUAUCAAGACACGUUCGAGUCCAUCAUGUCGACAAGAGCAAAGACGAUCCCAUCUUGCGAGAUGUACUCUCGCAGCGGCCCCCAGGCAGUACACGAGGCCGACGACGACGGUUGA